CUUGCAGAGAUCGAUGCACGGUCUACGAUCGACGAGCCAACGCGUGCUUCGCGGCGCCAACAAGACCUUCAUGUCCUUCGGCGGCCCGACGGGUAGUGUCGUGCCCAUGGUGCUCGAGCAAAGCCCCCGGGGCGAGCGCGUCUACGACAUCUACUCGCGUCUUCUCAAGGAGCGCAUCAUCUUUCUUCACGGCCCCGUGAACGACCACAUGGCCUGCUUGAUCACGGCCCAGCUGCUCUACCUCGAAAGCGAGCAUCCUGAGAAGGACGUGUGCAUGUAUAUCAACAGCCCUGGCGGCGUCGUCACGGCGGGCCUCGCAAUUUACGACACGAUGCAGUAUAUACAACCUCGCGUUCGCACGCUCUGCAUCGGUCAAGCUGCAUCCAUGGGCGCGCUACUCCUCGCUGGUGGCGCACCUGGUUGCCGCUCGGCGCUACCCAACUCGCGCAUCAUGAUCCACCAACCGUCGGGCGGCGCGCAGGGCAUGGCGAGCGACAUCGCCAUCCAAGCCGAGGAGAUCUUGAAAACCCGAGCUCGCUUGAACACUCUGUACGCGCAGCACUCGAAGCAAGACGUUGGCGUCAUCGAGCAGGCGAUGGACCGCGACAAGUUUAUGGACCCGGACGCUGCGAUUCGGUUCGGACUUAUCGACACGAUCUUGCAGCAGCGUAAGCGCCCAGUCACUGCCGACCACGCCCACGAGCGCGUCGCGUGAAGAAAUCCAGUAGGAAACUUUCGAUAGUUAUGGCGUUGCUUAUUCGCUGUGCG